CAGAAGGGGGGAUUUUAUUAGCCAUUUCCACAACAUGAUGGUAUUUCGCUGAUAUCUGCUGCAAAUAAGGGAGCUAAUGAGGCAUUACCCGACAGCGUAAAGACGCUUUAAGAAGAUUUUCCUGUCAAAUUAGGCGAGACAGUGAAGCGGAUCAGACAUGUUUGCGACUACGACGAGUGACAACCACCGUGAUGGCCCUGAAAGUGAUGCAAAGCAGCCUCAGACCACCGCAACAACUGAAUACUGCGCGAAGUUGCAGCAGUGGAUGUGGCAGUAUUACUGGGGGUAUGUCUAUGAUGCCAACUGGCAGAGCUGGCUGGCUCUGUCAGCAUUCCCUUUCCCUCUUCCGUGCGGAAUCCCUCCGCCUGGGACAGGCGCUCAGACACCAGGUACACCUGCAUCGUCCACCGGCGGUGGGCAGCAGGCUUUUGACACGCUUAACCGGUACAGUUACCCCUAUCCCCUCAGUUUCCAGGCAUCCCCCCCUCAUCCAGGUGGUGCCCACACGGGGCAGACCUCAGCUAACGUUGCUGAUGCCCGGCCAGCCCAGCAGCAGAAUGGGAAUCCACCUCAGGCAGGACGGGAGUACACCAUCCCCUCUCCUCUCCAGAGGUUCCUAGCUGAGAUAGUGGACUUCUUUUUACUGUUUUGUGUGAAGGCCACCAUCGUGCUGUGGAUCAUGCAUCUGAGUGGUAUGAAGGACAUUGCCAAAUUCAUUACCCACUUCAUUGUGGAGGAGAUAGAUGAGAACACGUCCAUGGAGGACCUGCAGAAGAUGUUGGCUGUAGCUCUGGUCUACAGGGUGCUAGUUUGCGUCUAUGAGACCAUCUGUAUUUGGGGAGCUGGUGGUGCUACGCCAGGGAAGUUCCUGCUCGGCCUGCGGGUGGUGACAUGUGACACAUCCACUCUGGUCCGACCCAACAGAGUCCUUAUAGUCCCAGCUUCUAAUGUUUCCCUCUCUGCCUCUACAGUGCGGGCUCUUAAUAAGAACUUCUCCAUCGCCUUCCUCUUUCCCGUCUUCAUCACUCUCCUCUUCUUCCAGCACAACAGGACUGUGUAUGACAUUGUGGCAGGGACCAUUGUUGUCCAGCGCAGAGGGGGCAGAUAGCCUCUCCUCAGGCAGCAGACUCUUUUACUGUAUACUUGACAAAGUAACGGCAAAGCGCUACAGACCUGUGUGCGCUAAGUGUCUUAAAUUUAAACUAGUCACAAAUGAACUAACGUUGAAAAAAGCAACGCAUUGGCCCAUUUCUUCACUGGAUCAAACAAGGACUUAAACUGCAAAUUAUGUCAG